CGACCUCUCGCGUAGGGCGGCUCCGAAGCCGCGGGUUCAGCAGCUGCGGCGGUAGAGCAGGUGCUGGGGCGCGCCUGGGCGGGGGCGCGCCUCUGUGCGUGUGCGUGUGCGCAAGGCGGGGCCGCGCAGCAGGCAGCCCCGCGCCGGCUGGUGCCAUCUGGGAGCCGGGGCGGGGAGCGGAGGAGGGAGCCGCGGGCAGGAGGGAGCCGAGCAUCCUCAAGGCCGAGGCUCCGGCUGUCUUUCCGGCGAGAGGAAGGCUCUUCGGUGCCAGUGCCGGCGAAGUACUUGGGAAUCGCCCCCCACUUCCUUGCUGGUUAUUUUAAAUUUUAACAUUUUUUUUUAGUUCGUUGUUGUUUUUUUCUUUUUUUGCGAUUUCCCCUCCACCCUGAAACCCAGGAGAAGCUUCUGAAGCAGGGCGACCGCUGAUCUUACGUAAAUGGUGCUGCUCCGGGGAGAGCAGCCACUCUGCCAGCCUCGGGCCGGGGGCGCGCCCCCAGGCACCCCUCGCCCUGCCCCUCGCUGCCGCGGCAGCCCGGCUUGAGAUCCGCACCGGCAUCGGCGGGCGAGCGGCAGCCAGCAGCCCGCAGCCCCAUCCCCGGCGGGUUUCAUCGCCUCCGCGGACCGGCUGCGGGGAUGCUGCGGCGCGUCGGAGCCCGCGGCAGGGAGGGCUCUAUGUCAGAGAGAUAACGCGGCUCCGCCAGCAGCCCGGGGGUAGUCUCGGUGCCAGUCCCCCUCCCCCGGGACCUGGCUGCCUGGCAGCCGCUCGCUUCUCGGCGGCCGGACUGGCAGCGGCGGCGGAGCCGACGAGCGGCGGGGCGAGGCCCGGCGGGGCGGGGGAGCAGCGGGCAUCCGAGCCGGGGCACCCCGCCUCUGGGGGGCAAGCGCUGGGGCUGCUGAGGAGCGCAGGCGGCAGAAGCAGGGAGCAGGAGGAGGAGGGCAGCGCCAUGACUCACUUGCAGGCAGGUCUCUCCCCGGAGACUCUGGAGAAAGCCCGGCUGGAGCUGAACGAGAACCCAGACACCUUGCACCAGGACAUCCAGGAGGUGCGGGACAUGGUGAUCACCCGGCCGGACAUCGGCUUUCUCCGCACCGACGAUGCCUUCAUCCUGCGGUUCCUGCGGGCCAGGAAGUUUCAGCACUUCGAAGCGUUUCGCCUCCUGGCGCAGUACUUCGAGUAUCGCCAGCAGAACCUGGACAUGUUCAAGAGCUUCAAGGCCACCGACCCGGGCAUCAAGCAGGCACUGAAGGAUGGCUUCCCCGGCGGGCUGGCCAACCUGGACCACUACGGCAGGAAGAUCCUCGUCCUUUUUGCUGCCAACUGGGACCAGAGCAGGUACACGCUGGUGGAUAUUCUCCGUGCCAUACUCCUCUCCUUAGAAGCCAUGAUAGAAGAUCCUGAGCUUCAAGUGAAUGGAUUUGUUUUGAUUAUAGACUGGAGCAACUUCACCUUCAAGCAAGCUUCCAAGCUCACACCAAGCAUGCUUAGAUUAGCCAUAGAGGGCCUUCAGGACAGUUUUCCAGCUCGGUUUGGAGGAAUACACUUCGUCAAUCAGCCGUGGUACAUCCAUGCCCUCUACACAGUUAUUCGUCCCUUCCUAAAGGAGAAGACACGAAAAAGGAUAUUCCUGCAUGGUAAUAACCUCAACAGCCUGCAUCAACUAAUACACCCUGAGAUCCUGCCAUCAGAGUUUGGAGGAAUGUUGCCCCCCUAUGACAUGGGGACGUGGGCAAGAACACUGCUUGACCACGAAUAUGAUGAUGACAGUGAAUGCAAUGUGGACUCCUACAACACUCCAGCAAAGGAUAUAGAAAAGGAUCUCUCUCCCAAAUCCAUGAAAAGGUCUCAGUCAGUUGUGGAUCCUGGGGUGCUGAAACGCAUGGAUAAGAACGAGGAAGAGAACAUGCAGCCUUUGCUUUCACUUGACUAACAGCUCCUGAGCACUGGACAUGAACUGAGGUGGAAGGCACUGCCUCUCAGCAGCAAGCAAACUAUUGGGAAAGAGUGUGCCAGCUGGAAUCCUAUUUACUCAACGUUAAUGUAGCAUAAUGGCAGCAGGUUUCACUAUUCCACCGGGAUGCUGGAUGCCCUUGGGUGAAAAAGAAGAGGAGAGGGAAAAAAAAA